AUGGUAGAGCUUCAAGAGGCCACUGUGUAUUGGGAUGCUGCCCAGAAAAGUGUGAUCCUGAAGGAGGGCGUGAUGGAGACAAAGGGGGGAGCCUUCGGUUACUUCAAUGACACACUGCUCCUCACUGGAUGGGGUGUUUUGGAAAUUAGUGCAGGUCAUGGAGGAUUCCCACAGCAAGAUGAGACCACCUUCUUCCUGGCUGGGUACCUGGAGGGCUAUCUUACUGCUGGACAGAUGUUCCAUCACUACUACAACAUGUAUCCUCAACUCAUAAAGGAUGAGAAGGUUUUGAAUCCCCUGAGAAGGUUUUUAAGCAAACAGGACCAGUGGGCCAGAGAGCAGGUUAAACUGAGAAGAUCCAGCGACCCCUUGUGGAAGCAUCUAGGACUGAUCCUGGCCCAGCUGGAUGGGCUCCAUGCUGGAGCUGCACAGUGGGCCAAAAGCGAACACAGAGAGCCUCUAUCAGCCUUUGCUCUCCAGUUUCUGAAUGGUGUCGGAGAUCUCCUGGACCUCGUCCCGGCUCUGACACCCCGCUCCAACUCUUCCAGAGGCGGCGGUGCUUUCAGGAUGCCAGGAAUGGGCCACUGCACGGCUCUCAUCAAGGUGCUCCCAGGCUUUGAAAACCUGCUGUUUGGACACUCAAGCUGGUACACCUAUGCAGCCACCAUGCGCAUCUAUAAACACUGGGACUUUCAGGUGUCUGACUCACACGUUGCCACUGGAAAGUUGUCGUUCAGCAGCUACCCUGGCUUCCUGAUGUCUCUGGAUGACUUCUACCUUCUCGGGAGUGGCCUGCUGAUGACUCAGACCUCCAUUGGUGUUUUCAAAGUCUCCCUGUUCUCUCAGCUCAGCCCUCACAGCCUGCUGGCGUGGCAGAGGGUCCGCCUGGCCAACAGCCUGGCACACAGUGGAGAGGAGUGGGCAUGGAUCUUCUCCAAAUACAACUCAGGGACCUAUAACAGCCAGUACAUGGUGUUGGACCUGAGCAGGGUUUCUCUGGGUCACAGCAUCAGGAGUGGAGCUCUGACUGUGGUGGAGCAGAUUCCUGGGAAGGUGGUGCACUCUGAUCAGACUCAAGCUUUACGGAGAGGUUAUUGGCCAUCGUAUAACAUACCGUUCCACGCUGAAAUCUACAACCUGAGUGGGUAUAGUGUGAUGUGGAAGAGAUAUGGAGAAGACUUCUCUUAUGACCUCUGCCCUCGAGCCAAAAUCCUCCGCAGGGACCAGGCCAAAGUGUCUGACCUCAGCUCCCUGAAACACAUCAUGAGAUACAACAACUAUAAGAGAGACCCCUACUCCAAGGGCCAUCCAUGUAAAACCAUCUGUUGCCGUAAUGACCUAAGACCAAGAAGGCCACGCCCUGGAGGCUGCUAUGACACCAAGGUGACGGACUACCAGAUGGCCGUCCAGCUGGUUGCAGAAGCUAUAAACGGCCCCACAACGCAGGGGGGGCUGCAUCCCUUCUCAUGGCAAUUCUUCAAUCUCUCGAAUCAUCACGGUCUCCCACACACUUACAACUUUUCCUUCAUCACCAUGAGGCCAACUCUGCGUCAUCCCUGAGAGCACAGAGACUAAAAAUACCACCCACCCAUGUAGGAAAGGUCAUGUCUUCCUGCUCCAGUCCUGUAACUUUUGGUCACAACAAUGA